GCAAGCUGGCGGAGCUCGCGCGGACUGGAGCAAAGCCCGCGAGCCUGUGCGAUCCUGGAGGCCCCCCGUUGCCACUCGGAACGCUCCCCACUCCACCUGACGGGGAAACAGGGCGCUCCACGAAGGCCUAAAGCGCUGACCUAGGGCCAGGCGCAGUGCUGAGCCCUUGAUGUCCGGCAGCUCAUCGAGGCUCUUCACAAACCCGUCAGGGAGAGCAGACCCGCCGGUAGCACGUUUCACGGGAGGACGCCAUGGCCACGCACGGAGUUCCCUCUCGAUACCGGAAGUCUUUUCAGAGUAUUUACAUAGUUGGCCAUGUAGCAUGAAGUACAAACUCCUCUGGUGUGUCUUUGCAAUUUUUUAUUCAAGUAUACACAGAGAAUUACGGAUCACAAGUGCAAUUCUCGGGUUCUCAAGAGUUCAGAGUUCCGGACGUGGAGCGAGGGCUCUGGUGCUCUUCAUUACUAAUCCUCUUUUUCAGAUGGGGAGACCCGGGCUGCAGGAGGCAUAUAUGGAAUACCUGAGGAGCAUUCACUACAUCUCCCAGGUGCUGCUGGAAGAAGUGGAAAUGCCUAAAGAAGAUGGGGAAACCGUGGCCCCUGACACCUCAAAAAUGCUGAAGCUGGCCGAGCAGUGUUUGGAGAGGGCCCAGUCGACCGCUGCCAAACUGGGGAAGCCAUGCCUGAAGCCAGCCAACCCUGUGACUGCCACAGCGCCCUCUCCCACCAGCCGACACCGCCGAGUGUGCUCAGAUGAAGGCGGGAAGCUCUCCCCUUUUCUGCCCCCUGAGAUCUUCCAGAAACUUCAGGUGGUGGAGUCCCCACACUCUAAGAAGGAGUUGACACCCCUGGAGGAGGCCUCGCUUCAAAACCAGAAGCUGAAGGCUGCCUACGAGGCCCGCAUGGCCCGUCUGGACCCCAGCCAGGCUGUGCAGAAGACGUCCCUGACCCUGUCCCUGCAGCGGCAGAUGAUGGAGAACCUGGUGAUCGCCAAGGCUCGGGAGGAGACUCUCCAGAGGAAGAUGGAGGAGCGCCGGCUGCGGCUACAGGAGGCAGCUAACAGGAGGUUCUGCCGGGUGGCCCUGAGCCAGGAGGAGCGGGAGCAGCGGGCACUCUAUGCCGCCGUCCUGGAGUAUGAACAGGACCAUGACUGGCCGAAGCUCUGGAAGGCCAAACUCAAGAGGAGCCCUGGGGACCUGUCGCUGGUAACCAGCCUAGUCUCCCACCUCCUCAGCCUGCCUGACCACCCCGUCUCGCAGCUCCUGCGCAAGCUCCAGGGCACGGUGUAUGGAGCACUGUACCCGGUGGUGAGCAGGGCCACACUGGGCGCCACGCCCUCCCCCGGCUGCUGCUCCAUGCCCUCGGACAGGAGCCGGCGGCUGCGCACCUCCCAGAGCCUCCACUGUGUGCUGUGUCCCCCGGAACCCAUUGCACAACCACCAGAUGUGGCCCCUGACAGAGGGGCAGAUGACAGCCCGGUGGGGCCUCCUUCACCCCUGGGGGACUCUGCGUCCCGCCUGCGGGACAAGGAUGGCUCCUUCGAGGACCUGGAACAGUUCUUGGCCACAUCAGAGAGGUGGGGCCUGGGCCCCAGGGGGUGCUCUGAGGCGCAGAACCCCCGAACUAGGAGGGAACCUUUGCACGAGCAGCAGCUGAAGAGCAUGGCGAAGGAUGUCCACGAAGCCAUUGACAGGCUGCUCUCAUUGACCCUGCUCGCCUUCGAGGGCCUGAACACGGCUGUUGCCAAGGACCGCUGCCUGGCGAGGCUGGAGGAGGCCUUCUUCUCCCCGCUCUGGGCCCCUCUGCUGGCCCUGUACAGGAGCGUGCACCAAGCCCGGGAGGAGGCCCUAAGCAGGAGCAUGGAGCUCUAUGGAAACUCAGCCCCCACAGCCCUGGGCAUCCCGGCCAAGCUCCUCCCCCAGGUCACUGGGGCUCAGGGCGCAGGUGCCUACCCAUACAGCUCUGCAGUGCAGGAGCUGGGCCUGCUGGUCCUGGAGAGCUGCCCCCAGAAGAAGCUGGAGUGUAUCGUGCGAGCCCUUCGGCUCAUCUGCGCCUGUGCCGAGGACUGCUGCCGUGCCCAGGAGGCCAGGGCCCCGCCAGCUGCUGCCGCCAUUGGUGCCGAUGACCUGCUGCCUAUCCUGUCCUUCGUGGUGCUGAAGAGUGGCCUCCCCCAGCUGGUGUCUGAGUGCGCCGCCCUAGAGGAGUUCAUCCAUGAAGGGUACCUGAUUGGAGAGGAGGGUUAUUGCCUGACCUCACUGCAGAGCGCCCUGAGCUAUGUGGAGCUCCUACCCCAGAGGGCCCUAGACAAGUAACCAGGGGUCCCCCCCACCUGAGCUUCUUGCUUUCACUGUGGACAUGCUUCCAGGCACUCUCCGUGCUGAUGCAGGCGGGAUGGGCAACUGUGGAGGCUGUGCCCCCAGCCCUUCCCUCGCCCACCACCUGCCUCCAGGCUUCACCCACGAGGGUAUGGGGACCCCUAACAGCUCCCAGGAGCUGUGCCCUUCUCUCCUGCCUGGCUCUGAGAUAUCAUGACUAGAGCCUGCAGCACCAAGGGGCCCCUGCCCCCACAGUGAACUUUGGGCCCAGCACAGGCCAGCUGGAGAAGUCCCGGAGCAGUUUGAACGGCUGGGCAUCAGGGCAGAGGAGGGCGCUCCUGCCCGGCCGUGUGUCACCGCUGCCCUGAGCCAAGAACCAGAGCCUGUGGAGCCGCUCCGAGCUUAGGACUGGGUGGUUUAUUUAUUGGACACUGACUACUCUUCCCCUGCUCCUGCCCACUCCCCACCCCGCCCCCGGGGACACCUGAGCCCACGGGCAUCCCAUUGACUCAACAUACAAACCUCACCUGGGCCCAUGUCAGAUGGAGGGUUCUCGAUGCCCUACCCAGUGCUACCUGCUCCAUAGGGCUGGGCAGGGGAACAGGGACCUGGCCAAGCAAAAAAUAAAGAGUGACUGCUGUUGUCA